AUGGCUAAACGCAUCAGCCAGGAGACCUUUGAUGAUGUGGUACAAGAAAACAUCACAGAGUUUGACAUGGACCCUGAGGAGGCUGUGAAAGAAGCUGUCCAGCAGUUUGAAUCUCAAGGGGUCGAUCUGACCAACAUUGUAAAAACAAGACCCAAAGCAUCUGCUUGUGGUGAUCAAGGGCCAAAGCAUGAAAUUUUGCAGACGCUGGAUGCCCUCCAGAAGUCUGUUGGCUCUGCAGCCCUCCAAGAGGCCGCUGAACACCUGGUGAGCUUCAGUGAGCAGUGCCAGGGGCAGGUUGCUACCCGCUACCUAGCUGCACAGAAGGGUGCAUACCCUCUUGUGCUUUCAGCCUGUCAUCUAGCUAUGACAGAAGACCAGGGAUUCUUGGUAAAGGCCCUGAACGCCCUUGCUGCUCUGACUGAUGGUCAGCCAGACCUGCUGGAUGCCAAGGGGCUGCAGCUACUGGUGGCCGCAUUGAAGGAACAUGUGGCAAUGGCUGAAGUGACAUGCUCUGGGCUCCGUUGCAUUCGGUAUGUCUGUCUCAAGCAUGAGCAGAACCGGCAGAACUUGGUAAGAGCUGGCAUCCUGCCUCUGCUUACUGGGGCCAUCGAGAGGCACAGCUGCCGAGCUGAUGUGGUCAAGGAGGCCUGCUCCGCUCUGAGAAUCAUGACCUUUGAUGAUGACAUUCGAGUGCCCUUUGGCCACGCACAUGAUCAUGCCAAGAUGAUAGUACAAGAGAAUAAGGGCUUAAAGAUUCUUAUAGAAGCAGCCAAAGCAUUCCCAGACAACCCUGCUCUUCUUGGUGAGCUGUGUGGUACUUUGUCCCGCCUGGCUGUUCGGAAUGAAUUCUGCCAGGAGAUCGUUGACCUAGGGGGCCUCAACAUCAUGGUGACCCUUCUGGCUGACUACAUUGACCACCAGGAGCUGGUAUGGCAGGUGCUGAGCGCCCUCCGAGCCAUUGCAGGUAAUGAUGAUGUAAAGGAUGCUAUCGUCAGUGCAGGUGGAACAGACUUCAUUGUAAUGGCGAUGACCAGACAUCUCUCCAGUCCCCAGAUUUGUGAACAGAGUUGUGCAGCCCUGUGCAUGCUGGCUCUUCGUAAGCCAGACAACAGCCGGGUGAUAGUCGAGGGUGGAGGGGCCUUGGCAGCCCUGCAGGCCAUGAAGACCCACCCGAAGCAAGUCAGUGUUCAGAAACAGGCUUGCUUGCUGAUCCGUAACCUUGUAGCCCGCACACAGGCCUUCUCCCAACCCAUCCUGGACAUGGGGGCAGAGAGGCUCAUCAUUGAAGCUCGAACCAAACACCGGGAAUGUGAUGAUGUGGCCAAGGCUGCCCUGCGGGACCUGGGCUGUAAGGUGGAGCUUCGGGAGCUCUGGACAGGAGAAAAGGGAAACCUGGCUCUCUGAGGGUCCCCCCACCCCACCCCAGAAGGCUUCAUGAACAUUCCAAAACCCACACUGGGUCCAUGAAAGCAGCUGAGCUGGGAACUUUGGGUUCCCUAAAAUGUUGGGGUACCAUAUUGCUCAGAGGCCUCAUGGAAGAGUCUGUUACUUCUACUGGUCAAGAAGUAAAGUCUUCUACCUCUGGCUCCUGAGGGCAGAGAUGCCUCAGGGAACACACUGGCCCCCUUGGUUUAACCUGGGCCCUACUUCUGUCCUGCAUACUCUUCCAGAAGGCCAUAUACAGGAACAGACAGAGAUGUGUGCUCUGGUUUGGAUGCAGUGAGCUCCCUUCCUUCUGCAGUGGUGUUGGCUAUUCUCUCUUGUUUGCUUUAAUAUGACAGUCUCUUGGUGGCCCUGUGUGUCUUUCUGCUUUAUAGUUUUUAGGUCAAGAUGCAUAUUCCUGUGAAGGUGGGACAGCUAGAGCAGGUCCAUGGAAUGCCAUGAGGGUGUUCUUAUCAUCUUGACUUAACUUUCACUUGUGUAAAGCAUAGUGAAGAAGGUUAUAUGAGAAGUGUUUCGUGGAUACUGAAGGAUAACUAGUAAAAACAUGCUUGCCCAUUCAUUCUUUUGAUAUUUCAAAAUCACCCUUUGGGGAAACUGUUUACCUCUUGGCUGCCCUCUUCCUGAGGUACCAGUCUUGCCUUGCCAACAAGCUUCAGCCUUUGGGUCACUCCCUCCAUCCACUGCCAUGCUGCUGAAUGAAGGUGGAGAAAAUUUUAACAUGCCCUUGCAGUUCCUUGAACGAGACCCUCCAUCUCUCGGCUCCAGGCAUUUUCUCUGGCUGUCUCCUCAUGCAUGGAAAGUUUUCCCUUCUCAUCUUCACCUGACUAGAAACCU